AUGUCGGGGGCGCAGGGGGCGCAGCCGAUGGGGUCGCCGACGGCGACGACGUACGAGUCGGUGGAAGGGGGGGAGAACAGGACGGCUAUGGGGUUGAAGUCCCGGGAGGACGAGGGGGGAAUACAGGUGGAGAAGGAGGAGGAUAAAGCCCAGCAGCCCACCGGCGAGGGCGGGCCCGUGUUCGGCGAGGGCGAGGAGGAGAACAAGCAGGACCUCGGCGUCACUGGCACCGGCUGA